AUGUACAAAAAAAGUGAAAUUAAAGAUAUUUUAGCACAAGCUGAAUUUUUACAUAUCAACACUUCAAUUCAAAAAUAUUUGCUUAUGUCACAAAUAGCUCAUGGAAAGCAACAUCAGGGAAUUUGUCUUAAUGCAAGCAAGCUGAAUGCUGUUAAAUACGAGUACGUUAAGUACACCCUCUUCCACCACGACCAAAGGGUGUACUUUUCAUACUUGUACUGGCUAAUCGUACCUGCAGUAACAGCUCGUUACAGAUACAAACAAAUUCCGCGAGUCAAUGAUUUGCUGCAAAAGCUUGUUAUUCUUGAUUCCAUUCAGGUAUCUAAAAACAUGAUUGCUGAGACGGAAUAUUUGGCUACUCGGUCUUUAAAUAUGGUCGAGUAUUCGGCUAAAAAUAACGAGAUUUUUCAUCACAGUUGUCGACUUUCACCAGCAGUAAGCAAAGCCAGCGCUGGAGCGAUGGAGAUUGCAAACAUUUUCGCUGUUGAUUCUCUGGCUGCUUUCAUAACAGAGCUUUCGUCUGAUGAGUGGCUUAUUUGCGGUACCUCAGCAGAUGACAAUCUUGAUAAGACAAAAAUGAUCGAUAUGAACAUGUGUCAAGUAAUUAAUAAUAAAAACAUCGCUGUUAUAUUUGGGAAUGAAGGUAGUGGUCUGAGUGAAGAAGUUGAAAAAUUGUGCCAUGUUUUUUUAAAAGUGGAUAAUCAUGGAAGCAACUACAUUCAGUGUUUAAAUGUUUCCGUGGCAACAGGUGUUAUUCUCCAUGCACUGAGCAAAGUACUCCAACAAUAG